GUGAGCCUUUUGGCUUGGUGAGUACUGGCGUUGAUGUUCGUGCGUUGUGGUCGUAGUCGUCGCCGUCGUUGAAGUCGUUGUAGUUCGCUGUCGGUGUCGUUGAUAAUUUGCUGUGCUGCGCCGCUGCUGUUGUGGAUUUUGUUGGAAUUAAAAGAAAUUGUUUUUUUUUCUCGCUACAAUUUUUAUUCCGUUCGUUUCCCUUAAUUCUUCGGUAACAAUUUUCAUGGUAGCAAUUCACAGAAAAUCACAAAAAUGAAGCAAAGUUAAAAUUGAAAAUUGUGCAACACGAAAAAUUGGAAAAAUUACCUAUUGCAUAUUACACAUGUGAGCAGAGAAAUGUGAAAAAAAUGUGAGAAGAAAGAAAGAAAAAAAAAAGAAUGUGAAAAAUUAUGAGUAUUCUACGAUUAUAUGCUGCAAGAAAAUAUAUAUAUACGUAAAACCAGGAAGAGAAACGGAAAUGUGUAACUGAUCUAUGGUUUUGUGUUACGCUGCCCAUAAACGACGAUUUUACAGUGAAGAUCGCCCGAAAAGUGUAAAACCUUUAAAAUUGACUACAACCCUCCAACACGAAUCGGAUUUCACAUAAAUAUUUGCAGCAGCGUUAACACGAUAUCUCCCAUCCGUCGUCUACAUACUUACUACUAUCGUAACUACAUAUUGAACUGCUGGUUGUUUAUUGUACAGCUCUAUUCAGCUAUUCCUGAAGCAUCGAUUCCAAAGUAAUCUUUUUCGCCAACAAAUUGCUAUCGUAAACUUCAAAUUGGCGUCUGGAGUGUGGUUUUUGGGUAUUUUUAAAAUCAUCAUAAUUUCGCACAAGAUCCGGUGAUGUGGGACAACCCCCGCAACGGGAAAUGCAACAAACCCAACGUUAUAUACCGUCUGUAUCUGAUUUAUAUGGGACGGACGAGAUAGAACUCCUACUGGACGAAAUACGCGAAUUAGAACCGGUCUGCUGUCAGCUGGACGAUGAACAGGAUUUUGAAAUAGCUGGCAGCAGAGCCGGUGAGCUGUCACUAUCCUUAGAAUCGCCGCUGGGCACGUGCACGUCGUGGGACUCGCACGCCAAUUAUAAACAGCGCAGCGGCCAAACGCCACUGCCAUGGGGUGUCGCCCUACACUGUGAUCCGCAACACUUGAAAACGCCUACAGGGAUUGUGCGAAUUCUUUUGGUGUUAUCGUCAGCCGCUUGUCUGGCCUGCGAAUGUUCCGCCGGCACAGUACAAGUAGGCCUCUUUUUACUGCCACUCAUCGGACGCUUGAGAUUAAUGGUCUUCUGUGCGAUCUUCUCCUUACUAAUCACCUGUCUAAUGUUAUUUCUAGACAUUUCACAUAUAGCACUCAUGUUCCCCUUCAAUUGGACUAAAGUUAAUACAUGGAUGUACCUGAGCAUUGGUUUGAUAUUAAUUUUGAGCUCGACGCUGGUUAUGCAUAUGGUGCUUUACGCUGAAGAGUACAUUGCAGUCAACAAGCACACCAAGGAUACACUUUUUACUUCAGCGUUUAUCGGUUACAUUUGCGCCAUUGAAUCGUUUAUUCUGGCUGGUAUUGCUUCAUGGCCAUGGACGCAAUAUUAUCGUCAGGUGCCCGAUGAUGGCAGCGAAAUGUAUAUCGAAGAUCGUGAAAUGACACCAAUGAGUCCAAUCGAGAGUACUGAUGUGCCGAAUACACACCAUCAAACACAACAUAACAAUCGAAAUAAUAGCACUGCACACAGCGAAUCAAAUCACAAUAAUCAGCAACAGCAACAACAACAACAACAAUACAAUCGAAUAUCAUCGUCGUCGUCCUAUAAUCAAAAGCCUUAUAUACCUGCCAAACGACCCAAUGAAUUGAUUAACCAAAGACCAACUCUGGGUCACACCCAAACAACCAGGAAACCAAAUACUCGUUACCGUGAAGGCUAUCAUUAUCAACCAGUUGCGUCAACGUCCCGCCAGAGCCCCACAUUCGUCAUAGGCGAUGACAUUGGGGCCGGUCCAUCCACAUCCCGAUCCAAUGAUAAUUCUAGUGCGUGAUAGUUUUUAUUCCUCAUAAUAAUGUAAUAAAUUUAAAAUAUAUUGCAAAAAAAAAAUUAUUAUAAUAAAAAAAAUUUGCAAAAAGACAACAAAGUAACAAACUGAAGCGUACACAAUAAGCCAUUGUCAUUGAAUGAAAAUUCGAAAAAAAAACAUAAUAAUUAUUAUAAUACGAGUAACAAUUGAAAGAGAGGGGGAGAAGUAAGUAAGCAAAAACAGAAAUAAAUAAUUAAUUAAUUGUAAAAUAUAUAUCUGCGGGUAUGAAAAAAAUUAAUCAGCUGAAUUUUGAUUCGGCAACGAAUACUAAAGAAACAAAAAAAAACUAUUAUAAUAAAAAAUUUAAACAAAAUGCAUUUGGUAA